AUGUCUUCCUCUAGUGCCGAAAAAAGCGAACUACCCGUGACCGUUGAGAAGCCUAUACCUGUCACAUAUGACUUGGGGAACCUUGCUGUCUUCGAUUCCAAUGCUCUAGAUAGAAAUGACCUGGAUUCGUCCAAUGCAAACCGUGAAGAGCAUCUUCGCGCGCUAACUCGCGACAACGUGCAGCUGCUUAUCAACCAGAUUCUAUCUCUACCAAUCAAAUCCACCACCGACUCGACCGGCAGUGGCCAGUCGUCCUCCAUCGCGCUCGUCCGGCUACCGGAGCCAACCACCGACCUUCCCCGCGAGAAGCCGCUGCCCAAGCCAAAGGCGCCAACCAAGUGGGAGCUGUUUGCGGCCAAGAAGAACAUCAAGCCCAAGGAGAAGUCCGGCAAGAUGGUGUACGACGAGGCCGCUGGCGAGUGGGUUCCAAAGUGGGGCUACAAGGGUGCUAACAAGAAGCUUGAUGAUCAAUGGCUAGUCGAGGUCGACGAUAAGGUCAAGGGCACAGAAGACGAGCUCAUUGACCCUCGCACGUUGAGCAGAGCAGAGCGCAAGAAGCUCAUCAAGAAGAACGAGCUGCAGCACAAGCGCAACCUGAAGAACGCGGUUUCCAAAUGA